AUGACUCCGCCGACACGACCUCUCACCCACCCUUACGAUGACCUUCCCUCCGCCGCCCUCCUCCUCUCCGCCUCGCCCCUUGCCCGCCCGCCCACCCCGCCCCUUGCCCGCCCGCACCGCCCCGGACACAAAACGCUUCCCGUGGCCCUCGGCUAUGACGCCCUCACCCCCUCACCUCCACCUCCACCUCCCAUACACACCCGCACACCGUUACCUCAUCUCCGCCGCGCCUCUCCCUACACUCCCCGCCGUCCGCCCCCCGUUCCUGGGCAUAAGAAUAAGGGACUGCAUAGACAAACGCCAAAGACCGCCAAGCCUGAAGCAACGUCCCCGCCCUAG